UACUCCUUUACGAACAGGGAACGCCAUUGUGAACUCUAACGACUUUUGCUGUUGUCGUGUUACAUCAGCUAAUUUAUAAUCCAUCCCAAGAAUAUUACAUUUUAAAAUUUUAAGAAGUGUCAAAGCUAAAUCAUAAAAAUGGCUCAAGAAAGUGAUAUGCCCACAUUCAAAUGUGUCCUUGUUGGAGACGGUGGCACAGGAAAGACAACUUUUGUCAAACGGCAUUUAACCGGUGAAUUUGAGAAGAAAUAUGUUGCUACUCUUGGUGUGGAAGUGCAUCCACUUGUAUUUCACACUAACAGGGGCCCCAUUCGCUUCAAUGUAUGGGAUACCGCUGGUCAAGAAAAAUUCGGUGGACUACGUGAUGGAUACUACAUUCAGGGACAAUGUGCCAUAAUUAUGUUCGAUGUUACAUCCCGUGUUACCUACAAAAACGUUCCCAACUGGCAUCGAGAUUUGGUUCGUGUUUGUGAAAAUAUUCCCAUUGUUCUUUGUGGUAACAAGGUGGAUAUCAAAGAUAGGAAAGUCAAAGCAAAAAGCAUUGUGUUCCAUAGGAAGAAGAAUCUACAGUACUAUGAUAUCUCUGCGAAAUCCAACUAUAACUUUGAAAAACCAUUCCUCUGGCUAGCAAGGAAGUUAAUAGGAGACCCUAACUUAGAAUUUGUGGCAAUGCCUGCCCUUGUGCCCCCAGAAGUGCACAUGGACCCCAACUGGCAGCAACAGAUCGAAAAGGAUCUCAUAGAGGCUCAACAAACAGCCUUACCAGAAGACGAUGAAGACCUCUAAUUUAAUUUUUUUUUUUUUAGUUUUUAGAUGUAAACG